CUUUACAAGUGCUCCAGGAACAAUCCUCAGUGAUGGCUAUUGCUGGGAGUGCCAUGUCCUUUCACUGCACUAUAGACGCAAGGUUUAGAAUGAGCACCUACACUAUGCAAUGGUACAGGCAAGCGUAUUAUGGCGCACCUGUACAGUUCCUUAUGAUGGAGUAUGAACAGGCCACAAAGAAAAUGAAUGUUGCCAUACACCAAGCUGAGAAUAAGUUCAGCUUGCACAUUUCAGACCUGUCUCUGCAGGACAAUGGCAUUUAUUACUGUGCUUGUCAGUGUGAUAACUACGAUCCUGCCUACUUUGGCAGUGGAACUAAACUGACAGUCAGAGACCCAAACAUGGAAAUCCAAGCACCAAAUGUCACCGUGCUAAAUGUUUCAGAGAAGGAAGUGUGCACAAAGGAAAACGUCACACUGGUGUGUGUGGCUAAAGGUUUUUAUCCUGACCAUGUGAAAGUGUACUGGAAAGUUGAUGAGGUAAAUCGUACCACUGAUGUUAGUACAGAUGAAGCUGCCAUCCAAGGUUCUGACAAGUACUACACCAUCAGCAGCAGACUGAACAUCGAUUACAAGACAGAAUGGACUAGAGGCAAAACAUUCACCUGUAUUGUCAACUUCUUUAAUAAUAUGACAGACAUCGAUUAUCAGGACUCUAUAACAGGACCAAAACUUACGAUCGACGAGGAUAACUACGAAACAUAUGUUCGAUCAGUGAAAACAACUAUGCUGGCCUAUGGCAUGUUCGUUGCCAAAAGUAUUGCAUACGGCAUAUUCAUCAUGUACAUCGUUAGGAGACAGGGUUUUAUGUCGAAGGUCAUGGUGGAUUCUGACUGGGUAAUCUGGCCAUCAGUGCCUUUAAGCUGGUGUAGUUUAUGUCAGGCCUUGUGUCAGCGUGUCAGCUUCGCCGACUUGAAAUUUGGGCCUGGGACGAGACUAACAGUUUUAGAGCCCAACAUGACCAUCACCAAUCCAACAGUAAAGUUGCUGCCACCUUCUCCGGAUGAGCUCUGCUAUGCCCAGAAAAAUCGGGAGAAAGUAACUUUGGUGUGUUUAGCCACAGAUUUUUAUCCUGAUCAUGUUAGCAUUACUUGGCAAGUGAAUGGGAAGGAGAAAAAGAAUAAUGUUGCGACAGACCAUGUGGCCCAACAAGCUAACAGCACAAGUCUUUACAGCAUGUCCAGCAGACUGAGAGUCGAUCAAAUUGAAUGGACCAACAUCAAAAACAAUUUCACAUGCAUCGUUACUUUCUACAAUGGACAUGACUACUUGAUGUUUCAAAGCAACAUCAAAUUUUCACCAGCCAAAAUACCACCGAGGGUGUAUAACACAGUGCAGUUUGGCUACUUGAUGUUUCUUAGCAAGAGCCUGCUGUAUGCGGUGUUUGUCAGCGUUAUGGUGUGGAAAUGCAAGGCUACAAAAGAGAAGACACUGAUGACAGAAAAUGGAGACAUUAUGAUCAGCUAAAUAAUAUUCAGCAAAUAUGCCUAUAAAUAAAACUGUUAAGCACUGUCACAAAUUAGAGAAUUAUUAGCUAAUGUAUAUAAGUAUACCUCGUCCAGGGUGUACCCCGCCUUGUGCCCGGUGUUCCCUGAUGUAGGCUCCAGGUUCCCUGUGACCCAGUAGGAUAAGUGAUAUAGAAAGUGGAUGGAAAGAUGGAUGGAUGUACGUAUAUAAUUAUAUUGAGAUUUUAGUGCAUUAGUGCCAUUGUUAUAGCUGAGGAUAAAUUUAUAGUGCUCGCUAAUAUGUUCUGUACAACUGUACUAUGUAACCUUUCAUUAUUUGCUGUAUAUUUCUUACCAUACAAUAUCACUUAGUCCUUUACUGACAUCAUUUAGUAGAUUUAUUAUUAUACAACAAACCAUGAACUUGCACAUUAAUAUCCCAUGAGUAACAUUAGCAAAGUAAUUAACAAUUUUAUUCAUUCUUUUAAUAUUUAUGCAAAUAAUCCACAUAAUCAAGACCUGAAUUAACUAAUGUUUAUACAUUCAAUAUAUAUUAAUUCAUUAUACCUUCAAAGUAAAAUUUAGUCUACAAUGUUGAACAUGUACACCUUAUUUCACAUGUUUGCAGCUGAUCAUUGACUUUAAAAGUAAAAGUUCAGAAUUGAGGCCCCAAUAUUUCAGUAUUUUCGUAGUUUAUCAUUUAGGAACUGUAAUAUUUUUGCUAAUUUGCAUGGACUUAUUUUUAAGUAAUUGAUUGAAUAAACGUUAGUCAGUGCUAGUGUGUUUAGUUAGCAUUUAACAAACCUUGAUUGAUACUGUACAUAUGUUUACUUACUUUGUUACUUUUAUAACCAUCACAGUUUAUUAAUAUCAUCUCAUGCAGUAAGAAAUGUUAAUUAAUGAACCCUUAACGUAAAUUGUUAUUAAAAACAUGUUUCUUAGUUUGAAGAGAACAAAAGCAAUACUGAUUAAAGUUGUUUUCUGCCUACUCUUUCUUUCUACCAUAUUGUACUGCUCCCGUAUACUGUAAAUGAAUGUUUCAAUAAAAGAAAUAUUUGCUGCA